CCCCACCCUCCCCUCGGUCCCUGAACGCCCCGCGGCGCCCUGCUGCCAUGUUGUUGUUUUAUUUGAUGCGUUUGAGUUUUCUGUGUGUCUCUGCCUGCGGACUCUGCGCUCUCUGAGGGGGGACUCUGGACUUCACUGACACUUUGUGGACUAACUCGGACCCUGAAGUCCCUGUGGAGGUUCUGGGAGCUGGAGAGGAGCCGUCGGGUGAGGUGAAGAUGGUGGACCGGCUUGCCAACAGUGAGGCCAACUCCAAGCGGAUCGGGGUGGUGGAGGGAUGCUUCGGCGCGGCGGGGCAGCCUCUGGCCAUCCCGGGCCGCGUUCUAAUCGGCGAAGGCGUCCUCACCAAACUCUGCCGCAAGAAACCCAAAGCCCGUCAGUUCUUCCUCUUCAACGACAUCCUGGUCUACGGGAACAUCGUGAUCCAGAAGAAGAAGUACAACAAGCAGCACAUCAUCCCUCUGGAGAGCGUCACCAUCGACACCGUGGCGGACGAAGGCGACCUGCACAACGGCUGGCUCAUCAAGACGCCGACCAAGUCGUUCGCCGUGUACGCCGCCACCGCCACCGAGAAGUCCGAGUGGAUGAACCACAUAGGGAAGUGCGUGAGGGACCUGCUGCAGAAGAGCGGCAAGGCCCCGACGGGAGAGCACGCCGCCGUCUGGGUCCCCGACUCGGAAGCGACGGUGUGCAUGCGCUGCCAGAAGGUGAAGUUCACGCCCGUGAGCCGCCGCCACCACUGCAGGAAGUGCGGCUUCGUGGUGUGCGGGCCGUGCUCGGAUAAGAAGUACCUCCUGCCCAGCCAGUCGUCCAAACCCGUGCGAGUGUGCGAGUUCUGCUACGUGCAGCUGACGUCGGGGAGCCUCUCGCUGCGCUCAGACUCCAUCAGCCGGGGGUCAAAGUUCAACAACCUGUCGGACGACGACGACGAAGACGACAGCAGCGACUGAGCGGCGAGGCCUCUCCUCCCCGACGGCGUCCAGGAGGGAUUACUUCUUCUUCUCUUUCUCCUGGAGGAUUACUCUGGAGUCUCAAACCAAAUCUUCCUCUUCUUCUUCUUCCAGCGGGGAUUAAAACGUUCCUGAUCAGACUAUGGAUUAAACCAGCAGGACUCCAGGAAGUAGUCCGCCCCCGCCCCGCCUCGCCUCUGUUGACUGUUAUCUAUCGUCACUACAGAACUAAUGGUGCUACAGAGCAUCCCCUCCCUCCUUCCUCUCCCUCCUUCCUCUUCUUCAUUCAUCUUUUUUAAUCUUCAGUCCAUGACCUCCUCCAGGUGACUGCUCGUCAUCUCUGCAGGGAAACCGCACACGUCUGCGCUCUAACCUUUAUCUCCUCCGUCCCUCAGGUGUGACACCCUCAGGGGGGGGGGUGGUUUUCUAACAGAAGUUUAGUAUUUUGUAAACUCGUCCCCGGCUUUUAUAAACCACAGAAUGUAAACCUUACGCUUCACGCAGAGCUUUUUCUAGUCCCAUGAAUAAUAUAGAUGCUUCUGACAAAUCAGCUGGUCUCACUGUGAGCGUGUGUGAGCUCCAGGAACUAACUCUAACCGUCUGCCUGUAACGUCACGUAGUGCCUUGGAGAAAGUCGAGACUCUUUAAUGAAUCCAGUUUGCAAAAAAAUGAGAAACCACAGAGACUUCCUGAAACACAUCAGACCAGAGGGACCUGUUUGGUUCUGCAGGGAGACUUUAGAGGAAGAGAUCGAGCCAGACAUCGAUCUCUGACUCUCAAGUUAUGUCUCAGUUUUCAGAAGCAGGUUUUCCACUGCAGGAACUUUACAGCCCGGUUUUAGUUCCUCCCUAGAGACGACUGUGAGCAUGCAUCUUCAGGAGACACCAGGAAGCACAGGAGGAGAUUUUUACUUACUUAGAAUCAACAGGAGAGAAGAAUCGAUCUAAGUCUGGACAUGUUCAGGGGUUGAAUUUAAGUGUUUCCUCGAACGUCACAGUCAGGAAAUAUUUUAAAAAGCCCGUCAAUUUGCAGAAUUAAUCCAAUCAAUUUUAUUUAUGUGGCACAUUUUAAAAAAUUAUUACAGUUUACAUAAGUGAAGGAAAAUGAUUUAAAACACACAGAAACUUAUAAGGACAAAAAUUUAAUUAAAUGCAUUAAACAAAUACAGAAUAUGCAUAAAAACACUGUAAAAUUUUGAAAUAAAAUAUAAUAAUCACAAUAAAACACAUAAGACACUAAAAAAUAAUUAAAGAUGUAUAAAAAACAUUGUAAAAUAUUUUUUUUAAAUGAAGAGUGUCAUCAUUAAACAAAUUAGAUCCUUUAAAAAAUAAUUAGACUCAUAAAGACGCUGUAAAAAAUGUAUUUAAAUUCAACAAUCACGAUCAAACACAUAAGACACUUUAAAAAAAAUCAAAAACGCUUUUGAAAAAUUUAAAUGAAAUAAAAGAAUCAUAAUAAAACAUACAAGACACUUG